UUAAACUGGUUUCACGGCUCCAGGAUGGAGGGCUUCCUGUCCACGUCCCCCCACUUCAGCGUCUACGGCAACCCGGCGUGCACGCCCCCGCCUCGGGGCGGCAGCUGGGGGAAGAGAGAGGGCCGCAUUCUCAUCCCCCAGGGCCUCAACUACCUGGAGAUCUGCAAGACCAUCCUGUCCCAAGUCGGGCCCGGAUCACCCCCGCUGCUGCCGCUGCCGCCGCCGCCGCCGUCCUGCGGGAAGGCCAACACCAAAGAGUGCGGCGUGCAGGUGAACGCCAAAGUGGAUAAGGUGGUGCAGUGUUCCCUGGGUCCGAAGACGCUGCUGCGCGACGAACCCGCGGACCCCGAGGAGAGCCUCGACGGGAGAGCGCCGCUGGGCACGCCGCCCGUGGGCAGCCUGCGCUUCCUCAGGCCCGUGUCCAUCUACUCGCCGGUGUUUGACCGCAGGGUCUUCCUCAAGAGUCUCCGCGACGGCGCUGCGCCGGAAGCGGCUGGAGCCCCUGAGCAAGCCAAGUCUGAUGCCGACCCGGAUCACAGUGGCGAGACCUUAGAAAAGGGCUUCAAGGCUACGGUUCAGCGAUCCUCCAAGAGCUCCAACUUCCAGUUCCUGGAACAGAGGUAUGGCUUCUUCCACUGUAAAAAGUGCAACAUCCGGUGGGAGAGUGCUUAUGUCUGGUGCAUCUCUGGCACCAGCAAGGUGUACUACAAGCAGCUCUGCCGGAAGUGCCAGGGGGAUUUCAACCCCUACAGAGUGGAAUCGAUCGUCUGCAAGGGUUGCUCUCAGACUUGCUGCGUCUGCGAGACGAAGCAGAGACACAUCAACAUGAAGAGGCCUCACCGUCAGGACCUGUGCUGCCGCUGUAAAGGGAUGAGAUUGUCAUGUGACGCCACCUACAGCUUCAAAUACAUCGUCUGAGCUCAUGCAGUGUCGCUGGAUUUCAUUGCAUGGUUUUGUGAGGGGCUGAGGUCACGCCAAAGUCCACGUCACUAAAGCCGCCGCCUCCUCCUGUUCUCCCAUCAGCAACACCCUGAAGCUUUGCCCCGGUGGCUUAUUUCACAAAAGCUCUGAAAUUGCUGCGUCCCCACCCUUUUGUUAUACCGUGGUUCUUGUUAAAACGUGAAAAGUAUUUUUGUAAAAACGAAAAAUAAAGUUUGUGAAUUAUAAAUUGCACCUCAGGCUGAAAGUUGAAUGCUGUGGAGCGAAAGAAUAGUCAAGUAAAACAGUUGCUGCUAAAGCUCAGGUUGGUUUGACUGGCAGUGCAGUU